GUCGAUUGCGCAGCGCUUUUCCAUGCCUCGCUUUCCCAGAUGAUCUCUCGGCACACUUUUAAUUCAACGCGCGGAGAUAGCGCGUUGUGCACGGCCCGUUCCUCCUGAGAGUGAUAAUAGCGUGUUUCGCAGCAGCGGUCUGAUAACUUUUUUUUAGUUUUCUCCGUGGUUUUCGAGAUGGUCGGCUCGGCGGCGAUCGCGGACCUGCAAGAGUGAGACUCCCGCUUUUCAGUCAUCUUCAUCCACCGUCAAGUCGUCUCUCUAGCUUCGCACUCGUCAAACCUGAAAUAAUGACGGAAUGAAUGAAAGUCUCCUCAUCUUCCUUCUGCUCAUUCUAUCGACAGCGCACGCGGAAAAAUCAUCGCACCAUGACUUCUGCCAGGCUCGUUUUCUAUCUCGCCCAACCGUUCCAACCGGACUGAUCGUCGACGUGGAAACACUGAUGGAAAACGUCUACAAGCGAAUGGAAUCCAUGGAAGGAGAAUUAUUGGAAAAAUUUUCCGAAUUAUCUAGAGACGUCCUGCAGCGCCGCGGCGUCCUGGGCAUUCUCUACGCGUCCAAAGGGCGUCGUUUGUUGGGAUUGAAUGUGACGAAGAGACUGAAAAUAUUCCCGAAUCGGACGGUCGAAACGGACGUAUUCUGGGACUCCCUGAACGGCACCAAAACCGGCUGGGGGAGAGCCUUCAAAGACUGCAAUUUUCUACGAGCGUGGGUCUACUCCUACGCCUGGCGCACCGUCGAUUCCACGCUCGGUAUAUUCCUCGAGGUGGAUUUAGACCAAUGCAAUGGCGCGCUCGCAGAGAUCUUCAACGGUACGCACAAUUGCCAUCAGCCCAGCACCCAGUGCGUCAGGGAUGGACCAGCGGUGGAAAAACGGGGAAAUUAUCGAUGUAUAUGUCGACAGGGAUUUUACCGGCACAACGGAAUUUCGAACUUGUCUUGGGCCAUCGAUGACACUGAAACCGGAGAGAUCGAUAUAGUUCGAUGUUCGAGAUGUCCGGAGGAAUGCGAAUACUGCGACCCGAAUACAGGUGUUUGCCAGGCGCGGCAGGACGUCUAUUUGAAAACGGCCAUCCUGUGUGUACAACUCGUCUGUAUGGCCGUUACGGUCAUCCUGGCCUUAAUUGUCUUCAAACAACGUAAAACUAAGGCUAUAGCAUCAGGCAUGUGGAAAAUUUUGGAAACUAUUUUAUUAGGAAUUUUCAUUUUAUACGCAACGGUUGUUGUGAAAUCCUUCGAGUCGUCCGUAUUGCAGUGCAUUUUAGAUCCGUGGUUUCGGGAAGUGGGAUUCAUCAUUUGCUACGGUGCAAUAAUCUUGAAGCUUUAUAGGCAUCUUAUAGAGUUCCGGACGAGAAAGGCGCAUAGAUGGGUCGUCAAGGACACGGAUUUGCUGAAGUAUUUACUCAUUAUGAUCAUGUCAGUAUUAGCUUAUAUGGCAGCGUACACUUCUAUUACGUUGAACUUCAUCCAGGAGAAUUACAGCCUGCUAUAUAUCGGCCGGACCCUGGACGGGGAACGUUAUUACUCCUGUAAGUCGCUGUGGUGGGACUACGUUACUGAAAGCGGAGAACUCGUUAUAUUAAUAUUCGGGAUCCAUCUCAGCUACGCCAGCAGGAAUGCGAGAACUCAGUUUCACGAGAGGACGUUUCUCUGCGCGGCGAUAAGUUUAGAAUUGGCUACCAGCACGUUGUUUUACAUAGGGCGCGUUCUCUUCUUUCCCGGCCUCCACCCGGACUUGGUCUUGAUCAUCUACUGCGUAAGGACCCAAAUGUCGCAAACGAUGGCUAUCAUCCUAAUUUUCGUACCGAAGUUUUGGUACCAGCAGAAACAAGUCCGGAAUUUGGCGCAAGAGUACUCCUGCAGGUUGCCCGUUGAUGCCUUCAAGGAUGUGAAUGCGCACGGGCCUUUAACGGGAAACAACAGCGACGUGGAAGUGGGUGAGGUGACUUUGGCGGACAUGAGUCCUGACGAUAUUAGGGCCGAACUGAAGCGGCUCUAUCUGCAGCUCGAAAUUUUCAAGAGCAAAACGAUUUGCAGGGAUAAUCCACACAUAUCGAAGAGGCGCGGCGGCAGGAAAGCGCAACACCGCAGAUUCAGCUUGCAGAAAAAAGGAAGUCGAGAAAAGAACUUGCACGGAAAACACAAGGAUAAAGAGCGGCACAAACAUCAACAGGAAGAGGUGACGGAGGCAGAGCCCUCGAGAACACCGGAGGAUUCUGUUUGCAGUAAUGAAGGUCCCAGCGCCGUUUAUGCCGAUUUACCAUCGACAACCACACAAAGUGAUCACAAAUAAUGUAAAUUAUACUUUUAAACAUGAGUAAGAAUUUUUGAAUUACAUCUAAUAAGUGUGAUACUUAAUCCUCUGACAAAAUGCAUGCCGAAUGUAAAUAAUGUUUCAAGAAGAUUUUCUCUAUCCUACAAGUAUUCCUGUUUUUUGUUUACCUACAUAUAAAUAAUUUAAAUUAUUUAAUUUGAAUCGAGUAGAUUUCCUUGAAACAAUUUAUAUACCUAUAAAAGUAUAUUAUGAGGUGUAAUAUCUACUUAAUAAACAAAACGAUCGAAGUUGGAAAAAAGACACACGAUUAGAAUAAAGUACCCUACCCUGUAGGAAAAUAACUAAACUUAUAAGCUUUUUGUGAUAUGGUAGGAAAAUUAAAUUUUGUGCGAAUUGAAGAAUAUAAAACGGGCAGAAAGAGUACCUUUUUUAAUACCUUCAUAAAAUUGAAUUUAUGGAAUCGUAGGACAUAGAAAAAAUUUACAUUUACUUCGUGGAAUAAGCCAUAAAAAGCUUGAGAAUAAGUUCUGAAAUAAUAAAACCCGAGAAUACAAUAGAAGUGUAUUAAAAAAUUGCAUAGUGUGAUAGCAUCGUACAAAUAGACAAAUUAAAUUACAAUUUUUUAUUUAUCCUGUUUUGUAUAAGGGAAAUUUAACUCGCCAUAUAGAUAGGGGCAAAGAAUUGUGAAGAAAUUUUAAAGGAUCAAAUAAUAAAUUUGCUUCGAAAAUUGUUUAAAUGCUUUGAUAGUAUUAUGUAUAGAUGAAAUACGGCUUAUUAUAAAUAAAAAAAAAAGAAAAUAAUUACCGGUAUACUAAAAUAUACAGAAUGGAUUACUUUAUUGGCUAAUUUUAUUAAUACAUUUUAAUAUUUUUGCAUAUUAGUACAACUGCAAUUUAUUUAUCUCAAUAGAUAUCCAAAAUAUCACCAUUUUAAAUAAUACCUGAAUGCAUGGUCAAAUUGUCAAAUAAACCAUUCUGUAUAAAUUAAUUUUAUUGCAAUAUAGAGACUAUAUCUAAUAUAAAAAUCAAAGUUAUGAAUUGAUUGCAAUAUAAUUAAUUUUAAAACUAAUCAAAAAAAUAAAACAGGGUCUGCCUUAUAAUCUAAUUCGUCGGCUUAGAAGUAUUUAAUUAUAGGUUUAAGCUCCAAAAUCGGACAUCCCAUGAAUUUUUAGGUUAUAUUUAAGAGUUAACAUUAGGAUUUUUACAUAUAAAUAGUACAAAUUAAUUAAAACUCUUCGUGUUAGCUCUUAAAAAAAGUGUUUUGAUUUAUUUAUAUAGGAAUUUACAAACACUUGUAACAAAUCUAAUUGUAUUAGAUCUCCUUCUUAGGCAAUUGUCUAUGUGUAAACCAUCUAAAAUAAACGUCCAUACUAGUGAACAACAUGUAGUAAUAAUUUUAAGAGUAAAAUGUACAGGUUAAAUCAAAAUACUACUUGCUCUUUUUUUGUCGGAAGUUUGUAUUUUAUUUAAAAUCUAAUCAAAACGAGGUGGUUACUAAAAAAGUAAGGUAUAAUUUUGAUUCACCUUGUAAGCGUUUUCUCCGAAACGAUCUCGCCAUUUGCUUUAAGAAUUCUCAUGCAAUCUAGCAAAAAAAUUAGGGGCUUGAUACACAUGAUUUUGCAUCGAUCUUUUUAUCUUUAGAUUAAAAAUGAAGUUAAAAUGACAUGGGACCAAAGUAGUCCUUCAUUAAAAUGAAACGAAACUCAGCCAAAAUCGGAUUGUAAUUGUUGAUUAUGUUACAACAAGAAAUGACAGUAAUUAAAUGGAUUAAGUAAAUUUUAGGGUUGAAUACGUGUUAGAAAUCAGGAUUGACUUAAUUUGAUUUAAUUAAUAGUCCAUUUCUUGUAUUAGCAUAGCAAUUAUUCCACAGGGAAAUGCGAAUAAUAUUGUAUGGUUAAGUACUGAAAUUAUCUUUACUAAAACUUAUUCAUAGCAUUCCUCGCCGUUUAAAAAACACUUCUUUGAUAUGUUAUUACCAAGUAUUUAACAGUUAGUUUUUAAUAACAGGAAAAUCAUUAAGUACUUAAUAACUCCUGCGGCUUUAUGUUACAUUAAUUUUUUAUUUAAUUUAUUUCCUUUUGUGCAGCUGAACAAGUCAUUCAUUGGGUUUUUUUAUUCGCAUAACAUAUCACAAACAACCGUUUUUCGAAAUAUUCGAAGCCGCAACUUUAAUACUCUUAACAGUUCUUUUACGAGUAUUUACGAUUAGAAAUGAAUAAAACAUGAUCGAAAUCAGUCGAUUUUCGCAUUUCCCUCCGACUAAUAACGUAUCCAAAAUGUUCAAUAACAGUCGUUUGCGUUCUGUAAAUAAUCGUAGUCAUUGUCGUUGUAAUUUUUAUUUAAAUACAUUUUGAAAAAUACA